GUCCCCACGAUACGGCAGCACCGGGUAAAGCUCGAUUCGGUGCCCUCUGGCAGCGCGACGCUGACGCACAAUGUACAUGACGUGUGGUCUAAGGUCCACCAUGCAAUGCUGCAGAGCCAUGUGGGCUUUUUACUAGGUUCCCUGGGACUUGAAAACGAAGGCGGAUGGAGUAUUGUGAGGGAGGAGCUCUCAGCCGUCUUACGGCCUGCUCAAGCUCCCUGGUGCCAGAGCCUGUACGGCUUUUUCUUGGUAGACACUAUGCCCUUCAAGUGCUUCUUAAGGAUGCGGAUGGAG